AUGAAUAAUGCCAUUGCUCGUCCGGCGCCGUAUCAGACACGAAUUCAGAUGUGUGAAAGUAGGUCAAGGCAGAAGGACCCGCAAUCUCGCCCCGGUAUUUUUGAGGCAGAUGCGGUCUGGAAGCCGGAGCACAAGACGUACAGUUCCGGAAUUUUAGGCUUGCAUGAUGAAAUCCUUGAUUUUGUGGCCUACAUAUCCCCGACGCCGGAGGAGCACUGGGUGAGGGAGAUUGUCGUCGCCAAAGUUAAGAAUAUCGUUUACCGAUUGUGGCCCGAGUGUCAAUGGGAGGCUCUACCCCUUCGAACCCUUGAAAAUGCUCUCCGAAAUAGCGGCGUGGCUUCCGAAAUACGAGUCCUUUCGAGGGCCACUGUCCCCAUCGUUAAAUUAACGGAUGUUGACACCGGUUUGCAUGUUGACAUCAGCUUCAACAUGAUCAACAGCGUCCGUGCCGCAGAGAUGAUACGCGACUACAUGGGUGUCUAUCCUUGUUUGCAGCACCUUGUUUUUGUUCUGAAACAGUUUCUUCUCCAACGGGAUUUAAAUGAGGUUUGGACUGGUGGAAUAAGCUCUUACGCCCUGAUCCUGAUGACUAUCAACUUCCUUCAGAAUUCCGUACCCAAGCACACUGAAAUUGAGGAUUUGAACCUAGGAACGUUGUUGAUUGAAGUAUUCGAACUGUAUGGUUUAAAAUUCAACUACAUGACUACUGCCAUUCGAGUCAGCGAUGGUGGGGCUUACGUUCGGAAGGAGGAGGUGCAAAAGAACAUGGAGCCUGGUUCCGCUACGUCAAUUCUUUGUAUCGAAGACCCCCUUUGUCCGGGUAAUGAUGUCGGGCGUCGCUCAUAUGGAGCACUACAGGUAAAGAAAGCCUUUGGGUACGCCUUCACUGUGCUAAAAUGCGCAGUUCUUUCCCAGCCUACUUCUAAUGGAAGUCGUGGAGACUCGAUCCUUGCUCGCAUAAUCCGAAUAUCCCAUACGACGGAGGAAAGUCGCCUACGUGUACGGAUACACGCCCAGCAUGUUUAUUCCAUCUUGCCAUACAUCAUCGUCCCAUUCGCUCAUUCAGCAAAGGCUAAUCAACCGAUUUCCCAACCUGCUUCAAAUGCGGCCGUCAGUGUGUCCGUUGCCUCCUCCCAAAACAGCGGAUCUGUUAUAUGUGCUCCGGGUGACCAGACAACUUCCUCGGCUUCCACUAAAGAACGCAUCGUCGUCUCCGCGCGGGGUUUUGCCAGUCAACCACCGCUUCUAAGAACACCUUGCUCGAAGGAUGUACUGAGGCUUUCUAACCCAAUGUCCCCCUACUUAUUCCCUCAACCUACCGUAGUGUAUGACCCCAACACAAGACCCCUGGUGUCCCUUCCUACUCCCAUUCCCGCUACACCGAGUGUCGAACCUCCUGUGUUUAUUUUAUGGCCCCCAGCCUUCCCUCCGAUGCAAGGUCAUGCAUUCCCUCUGUAUAGCACUCAACCCGUCCCACCGGAUUCUGAAUCUCUCAUGUCUUCCAAAGCAUCUGACGUUAGCUCGGAUGAUAACUCCGCCCAAGAGGUCGGAAGCGCGGUAAGCAGUUCGUGCGAAGUGCAAAAAGAACACGACUCUACCAGUUCUGAGGAUCGUCAAAAGAAAAGCGAUGUCCAACAGCAAUCGGCUGACCGGAACAAGUCUUCGUCGGCCGCUACCAAUUGUGCAGGCUUGGAAUACCGUCUUGCUCCCUUGCGCUUGGUUUCAUCUGAUCAGAACAUGUCCUGCAGUGACGCCAGCUCUGUCAGUCACGAGGAUUCGGUAGAUCAGUCAACAUCUCCAACGUUUGCUGACUCACCCUCUGGCAGCAACAACGAGUCUUACGAUAUCGCCUAUCCCACAGAGGCCGAAGAACACAAAAAGUCUGAGUCCAACUCGAACCUUAGUUCCAAAGUCAGGUGUCCACGGCGACGUCGCCGUCCUUUAAGGCGAGGAAGUAAUGCAUGCAAUCCCAGUACCGAGGACUCAGAAGCCCUUAAGGAGCAAUCAGGUGGAACCGCUAACAUGGACUCGCAGUUCACUGGUUGUAGCUUAAAGCGCAAGUGUUCGCAGUUGAGAGAUCCGACUACUGGCGGACGGCUGGGACAAAGUACGUCCAGCACCAGCUUGGCUGUGAGCGAAAAGCAGUCUGCCUCCGACUCUGGUCAGUCUCAACGAGGCGGAAAUGCUUGGUUCCCCAUAAAAUCUUCCGUGCGAACCAGUUCUAGCUCUCCGGCUAAGAGCGAUGACCACAGUGCAAGCCUUGGACGAAACCGUCCUAAAAAGAAUGAACAGUGCGCCCCUUCAAAUUCUUCGAAGGAAAAGUUUGUUUUUGCAAAUGUUUCUGCACCUCCAGCCUUGAAGAGGCUGGCUACAGGCAGACCGCGCUGA